UCUUGAUGCGCAGGCGGCCAGGUUAAAUUCUGCAGGGCUCCCGGUUUCGCCGUUGUCGACUAUUGGCGAAAUAUUAUUUUUAAAAAUGAAGGAAGAGAAGCGCACUAUGGAAGUGGCAACCAACGAAAACUCGAAACCAAAGAAGGUUUAAGUGAUGCCAUAUUUACAUAGCCUUUCUCAGAACCCAAAGGGCGUCGUGACGAGCUUUGCCACAUACGUAACACCUGUUCUCUUCGCAGAGUGCAGUAGGUUGUUCAUAUGCAAUUCAAAGGAAAAGAAAGAAGCGAGCAGUGGCUAUGGUGAAAAGCACGCCACUGCUAUUCAGAAAAUGCACUUCUGCAGUUGUUUAUAUGAUUCUGCAUUUGUGCACCCCUCGUUACGUAGGCCGAUAGGUCACUGUAUUAUUGACUGGCUGCGUGAGGACCGGAAUCUGCUUCCAACGACCACAGGACCACACCUACCCUACGUUGCUGGAGGUUACGCAUGCAGCAAACGCCCAGACGCUAAAGUGUUCUACGUCAAGAGCAGCUUGGCGUCGUGCAAGAGACACCCGUUGUUCAACUUCAAGGAAGCCAACUGAGGAAGCCAAUAAGAGUGAUGGUAACUUCAUUUGUAUAAGAUUUAUGAAUUUCAUCCAUUCAAGGCAUGACAUGUCACAUGCCUGUAGGUAUGCAAGUAUUCGUGCUUUUUAAACAUACUAAGCUCUAGUUUUCGGUUCUCAUGACGCUGCUUUGUACUGUGCUGCAUUCUCCAGGCGCAGGAACAUUCUUUUAUGCCGUCAGUGCAUGGCUUCUUUUCGUAUGUAUUGAAGAAAAAAUUGUCUUGAGCUUAAAUAUGCAUGUAUAUCACUUGUAAUUUUUUUCAACACGAGUGCUGUAUCUCCCUCCGUCUUUGUUACUGCUUUGUCCCAAUUUUUAUGCAACUUUUAUGUAUUUAUGCAAUAAAAUUCUGGUAGCAUUUUAAUAACACUUUACCUACGCAAUUGAAGUCAUUGGUUUUUCGUAUACGCAUUUAUUUGCGUUUUUCACUGUCUCACCAAUCUGGCUGUCCAGUCAUUGAAACCUUUUCCCAUCCUUUAUGACGAUAUCUGGGGUACUUUUUUUUUUAUUAUGGGGCUGCACGUGCCAAAACCACUUUCUGAUUAUGAAGCACGCCGUAGUGGGGGACUCCGGAAAUUUAGACCACCUGGGGUUCUUUAACGUGCACCUAAAUCUAAGUACACGGGUGUUUUCGCAUUUCGCCCCCGUCGAAAUGCGGCCGCCGUGGCCGGGAUUCGAUCCCGCGACCUCGUGCUCAGCAGCCCAACACCAUAGCCACUGAGCAACCACGGCGGGUCUGGGGUACUUGUUAUUGCAAGUGCAGGUGACCAUCUAUUUGGCUUUUUGGAAUUGUGUUAGCCGUGUGUUACUACCAAUUUUCUGUGUUAAAUAAUUAUGUUUGCUCUUAUCGUUCAAGGUAUUAGCCUUGCCUAAUCUCUUUAUUGACUGAGGUACCACUUAGUGGCUGGGUAUAAUGAAAAAGGCCCCAAAAGGGCUCUAAUUAGCUUUGUGCAAGUCCACAAAUAAUAAAGGAAAAUGAGCUCACUAAAUUGAGGAAAUACAACCAACAAUCUCUUGUGUACCUCAAUUUACCAUAUACAAAUGGUGUACUAUUCUUGCAAAUCUGGCUCGUCAGAAACAUGAUUCAGGUGUUCACCAUGCCCGACAACUUUCUAAAUGAUGUCGCAUCAAUUAAUAGCUAUGUUGAGGGAUGUUAUUUUAUAAAAUAAUUGGGUAACCUGAAAAUAUAUACGUUUUGAAGACAAAAAGCUCAGACAAGUCUACUUUGGUACUUCAUUAAAUUUUAAUCGCGGUGAAAGACGUGCGCUAAAGCUUGUAUAUAUUUGCGUGAAGUCAUUUGUUUCAAGUCUGUUAUUUUGCCUUCUCACAGUCAGCCGUAACUGUUCCUGUGAUGGGUUAGUGUGCGAAACAUUUUAAUGUAACAUAUUCAGAUAUCUUGUGUGUAUUCACACGCAAGCAGCUUCAAGUGUUCAUGUGUUCAAAGUUAGUUGCUAAAAGGGUAUGUUUAAGCCCUGCCUUUUGAGUCGCUUUGCCUUCUGAUCAUAAACUUAAGUCGCAAGUGAAGACCACAAUGAUCGUUUUGAUUUAAUUCAUAUGUAUAGGUUUUUUCAGAUCUAUUUACACUGUUAAUAGUGCGGUAGGUACUAGCCUGUCUCCAGGUUCGAUGUAGUGGUGCCUUAUGUACUGUAAUAAUGUUUAAUGGGCAUGCAUCUUUAGUGUAAAUAAAGGUACUUCAAAUUGAUGAGUCUUUCUGUUGCUUUUAUUUGUGUUUGUGAAAGUUAUGAGCAGGCACCGGGGCAUGCAAGUGUGAAUAGCAAAGCAAUUUCAAUAUAUGAAUAAAAAUCCACUAGCCCAACGAAAUGUCAAUCAUAUUUCAUGGCCACUUCUGAAAUCUCAAUGCCAUCUUAACUGGGCCACAAUGUA